UUUUAAGUUGCAGUCUCCAACGAACUCAAAUCCCAAAUCUCAAAGCUUCUUCCUUCUUGAGAGAGAGAGAGAGAGAGAGAGAGAAGAGAGAGACUGUGUUUCAUUUUAUUCAUUCUCUCUGUCGCUUGAAGCUGCCUUAAGGACAGAGGAGAGAGAGAGAGUUAAUGCGAGAUUGAUACUUAAAGACUGUUUCUUUCUUUUUCUUGUCCACUCUACAGAUCUCGUGCCCUGAUUUAACGCGUGCGUAACGGUCAUAUAUUCUCAACAGCCGUCACCUCUUAAAUCGUUUGCUUUCGAUCUCAGGCUCGUGUUAUAGAGAGAGAGAGAGAUGCUGACGUGUAUAGCGUGUACGAAGCAGCUCAACACGACCAACAAUGGCGGAUCUAGACCCCAACAAGAAGACGACGAAGAAACAGAGACGCCUAGGACCAAACAAGCGACUAAAUCUCUGACGUCACAGCUAAAAGACAUGGCAGUAAAGGCCUCAGGAGCGUACAAAAGCUGCAAACCGUGUUCCGGUACAUCAAACCGGAAUCAGAACCGGAACUAUGCUGAUUCGGAUGCUGAUUUGGAUUCCGGGAGGUUUCACUACGCGUACCAGAGGGCUGGGACUGGAGCCUCGACUCCUAAGAUUUGGGGGAAGGAGAUGGAGUCUAGGUUGAAAGGGCUUUCGAGCGAAGAAGGCACACCUACUUCUAUGAGCGGAAGGACGGAGUCUAUAGUGUUUGUGGAGGAGGAUGAGGCUAAGGAGUGGGUUGCGCAGGUUGAGCCUGGUGUUCUCAUCACGUUUGUGUCUUUGCCUCAGGGUGGGAAUGAUCUAAAGAGGAUCCGAUUCAGUCGUGAGAUGUUUGAUAAAUGGCAAGCACAAAGAUGGUGGACAGAGAAUUCCGAGAAGGUCAUGGAGCUAUACAACGUGAAGCAGUUCAAUCAGGAGAGCGAGCCACUCCCAACUCCUCCUGCAUCCGAAGAUGGGGGCUCGCAAAUACAGUCGGCUAAGGACAGUCCUGUAACACCACCACUCAACAAAGAGCAGCCUCGAGGAAUGGGAUACUCAUCAUCUGACUCACUUGAUCACCAACCAAUCCAAACGCCUAAGCGUUAUGACUCUGCUGGUCUUGCUUCAACACCAAAGCUCUCUGGCAUCAGUGGGAACAAGACUGAGGCAUCAUCUAUUGACGGUGGUUCUGCUAGAAGUAGCUCAGCAGAUGAGGGGUCCGAGGAGGUCUCAGUGAGUAACGCAAGCGACACGGAAGCUGAAUGGGUGGAACAAGAUGAGCCUGGUAUCUACAUUACAAUCAGAGCUUUACCUGAUGGUAGCCGUGAGCUUAAACGUGUUCGAUUCAGCCGAGACAAGUUUGGGGAAACACUUGCGAGGGUGUGGUGGGAACAGAACAGAGCUAGGAUUCAGAAGCAGUACUUGUGACUUGAUGAUAGAAUUACUAAAGAACAACAAAAGACUUUCUUUUCUUUAUGGGCAAACUACUUUCUUUUCUUUGAACAAAAACAAGUGAUUAAACAAAGUUUAUGCGAUUAAUUUAUGUUUAGGGACCUACUUUUUAACUAAACAUAACUUUUUUAAAUCUACUUGCAGCAAUAACAAGAUGGAUGUCU